AUGGAGAACAACAACAACAACAGCAACAAUCAACAAUCGUUUUGGCAAUUCAGUGAUCAACUUCGUGUUCACACAUCAAAUCUUGCAAACUUAUCGCUAAACGAUUCAAUUUGGGGAAGCAACUACUCAUCUUCCAAAAAUGGAAGAAGAAAUUUCGAUAUCAAAGUGGGUGGUGAAAUCAACAACAACGAUGGUUGGAAACAGCUGAACAACAAUAACAACAUGGUUGGUGUUGUUGAUGUUGGGAUUAAUGGCGGUUUCAACAAAGGAGUUUAUCCGAAUUCAAACCUUUCUUAUGGUAAUUUUAAUAGUAGUAACAACAACAACAACAACAACUUGAAUAUCAAUUUCAAGGGAGUUAAGUUUGGUGGUGCUAAGGUUGAAGAUGAGAAUUUUCAUGUGGCUAAAUCUUCUAAGAAGAACACAAGCCCUAACAAAAAACACGGAGACAACAACAAUAGUGAUGGGAACAAGAAUAAGGAUGUUAAAGGUGCUUCUGACAAGAGAUUCAAAACGUUGCCACCGACGGAGUCUUUACCUAGGAAUGAAACAAUUGGUGGGUACAUAUUUGUUUGUAACAAUGAUACCAUGGCUGAGAAUCUCAAAAGGCAACUCUUUGGUUUGCCUCCUAGAUACAGAGAUUCAGUUAGGGCCAUUACUCCUGGGUUGCCUCUUUUUCUUUACAACUAUACCACUCACCAACUUCAUGGAGUAUUUGAGGCUGCAAGUUUUGGAGGAACAAACAUUGAUCCAACUGCUUGGGAAGACAAGAAGUGCGCUGGUGAAUCUCGUUUCCCUGCUCAGGUAAGAGUGAUAACUAGGAAAACAUGUGAGCCACUUGAAGAGGAUUCUUUCAGGCCAAUUCUUCACCACUAUGAUGGUCCUAAGUUUCGUCUUGAGCUGAAUGUGCCUGAGGCGUUGUCUCUGCUGGAUAUUUUUGAAGAACAAGAUACUUCCAGCAACUCUUUGAAGGUUGUGCAAGCAUAA